UCCGAAGCAGUAAGUUGUGGCAGCCAAAAAGGAAUAAGCAUCAACCGUUACUAUCAUGCUGGUAUCAUCUCAAGCGUCAAGAAGCUGUGGCUGCUUGCAUGCUGCGAGGAGCUCGCAAGGAUAAAAUCUUGAAGUUGAUUUCCUUCCGCUGCUGUGCCGGGCUUAAGAUGUAAGUGGAUGCGACAUCGGAGCUCAUUUCAAAUUGGGACGUGUUUCGAAGUGGUUGGACUAGCGCAGAGUAGUGUGUUACUUACUUAGUUGGUAUGGGAUCGCUGGUUUUGAAGCUGUUACUGAUUUCGGUUGUGUUCUGUGACCAUGGUGAAGCGAUGGCCCAGUAUGGGCAGAUGGAUUCAUCAAUGCGAAAUUUAAUAGGGCCGGAGGUACUAUUGGCACGAUUGGAUAAGCUGCUGGAUGUAUGCAUUGAAAACUACGAAGAUCUUACGACGGAUUUACUGCUUGGUGUUGCGAUUGCUAAUGGUCAAGUGAAAUCUAUACUAGCCGAUACGCAUUAUGAGAACCGAUCGUUUAUUGAAACGCUGAAGAAAAAAGGCGAUUAUGUGGAAAGUCGCAUCAACAGCAUUUUCUCCUUUCCGAGUUCUGCGAAUGCAGUUGUUAGUAAACUACUGAUAAAUUCGGAUUUUUGGAAAACGGACGCCGAAGGUGAUUCCGAGUAUAACAUUUUCCCAGACACGUUACCUUCGUCUGAUAGCAUUGAAGAUGCUAUCCCUGCCCCUGCUCAGAGGCAAUCCCAUGGUGGUCGUCACACUUUUCAUAGCUAUCUUCGCGCCUUGCAGCUCGGUGCACCCAGCGAACUGCAAUCAGACGAGUGCUUAUCAGAGCUACUGGUAAAUGAGUCGGAAAAUGAGUUCGACACGACUGUGCCAGCUGGUGGCGGCGCAUCAACACAUCCCAGGGCGCCGCUCCUUUUGAGUCGCGAAUGCAGCAAUGCAAUGUCCCUUCGCAAGAAAUCCUACGGUUAUCAUCUCACUCAUAAACUGCUGUUCUACCUGAUUCUCGGAAAACAACACUUCAGCAACAUCCAGCAGGAGUUCGUCACAACCGCCAAGGACAAGCUCUGCGAGCAGAUUCUACGCGAGUCGCAACUGAUUGCGGACCUGUCCUAUCCGGAGAUCUUCCGCGAUUUGUUCAUGGAGCAGGUGUUCCUGUGUGCGUACGUGGGCUACGCCGAGUUUAGGAACCAAUCGUGGCUUGGAGAGAUUGUGAGUUGGCAAAACGACGCCGGCUGUUUCAAGUACUAUCAGGAUGAGGGUCGAGUGGGGCCCAAUGCACUGACAACGGAAUGUUCCACCCACAUGACGGGGGUGGGUGCUGCGGUGAUGGGACUCUUUGCCAGGUUGCAGCUGAUUGGGUAAGAUGAGGAUCAGAUCAUGAUGAUGAAAUUCAGGUAAUUGUUGCAUGUUUCUUAAAUAUUAAAUUCAAGCUAAUGUACAAUAAACUUGCUCUUAUUUAUGUCUAGUACAAACUCAUCAUUGUUUCAAUAUCAUAUCCCAAGCAGAACAAAAGGUUCUUCUGCAACUCCCCCAGAGGAUCCUUUAGCCAUUUCUCAAAGAAUUCUGUCUGUGAUUAUUUCUGGUCUUUCUUCUAGUAUUGCAAAUGGAGUUCCUUCUGUUUUUUCAGAGAUCAUGUACCAUCUCGGUCAGAAGUUCCUCCCAAGACUCCAGAAAGAACAUCAGGAGAAAUCCUAGAAGAAACUUUUUAAGAUAUCCCAGAACU